UAUGAUGAGCUGAUCAAAUUUGUUGGGUUUUUUUCUUCCCAUUUACUGUUCAAUUUUAAAUGCCAACAUGAUGAUGAAAUCCAAGUUUGAUCAUGGAAACCAAGAAGCUGAUGGUGAUGGAGAAACUGAUUGGAAUAAUGGUCAGCUAUUACUGCAUGACAUUGAAGAAAUAAGCAAAGCUCUUUACUUGCACAAUACCCCUUCUAAGGCUUCCUUCUCCUCAGCUCGUAAUCGAUCCAAGUCUGCUGGAAGAUCCCGUUUGUCAAAACCUCAAGAUAACUUAACCCCUAGAUUUCAAAGGGAAGAUCUAUUGCCCAAGGACAAGAAGUUGUCUUCAACAUGGAAUUGGAAGAAGCCCUUGAAAGCUUUAGCCCAUAUUGGUCAUCGAAAGUUCAAUUGUUGCUUUAAUCUUCAUGUUCACUCAAUUGAGGGGUUGCCUUCGAAUUUCAAUGACAUGAGUUUAUGUGUGCAUUGGAAAAGGAAAAGCAGCAUUUUACAGACGCCCCCGUCAAGGGUUUUCCAGGGUGCUGUGGAGUUUGGUGAAACUUUGACACAUAUCUGUUCUGUUUAUGGUAGCCGUGCCGGGUCUAGUCACUCUGUCAAGUAUGAGUCUAAGCGUUUCUUGAUUUAUGCUUCUAUUGUUGGGGCACCUGAUCAUGACAUGGGGAAUCAUCAAGUAGAUCUCACACUGCUUUUACCUCUGACUUUUGAAGAGUUAAGGGGUGAUAAAAGUUCAGGGAAAUGGAGCACAAGUUUUAGGUUGGCAGGAAAGGCUGUAGGAGCUACCCUAAAUGCUAGUUUUAGUUAUCAAGUAAUGAAGGACGAGUUAAUGGAAUUUGGUGGUAAUGAUCCGAAAGUUCUCAACCUUGUUAACUUGAAGCCAGGUGGACCACACAGCACAGAAAAUGUUGUGGAUUUUAGUCCUAGCAAUAGUGAUGUAAAGCUUUGGCAGACUGGGAGCUUUCCACGUGAACUACAUAACGGAUUGGUCCUCCCUUCUUAUUCUAAUGAUGUAAAGUUAUCCCAUGAGGCAUUGCUGAAUUCUGGCUUGGGUUUCUCUAAAUCAAUCAGUUUCCUAUAUCAAAAACUUGAUGAGGGUAACUUCCAUAAUUCAUCACAGGUAGACUCGGAACAUUUGGGACCACUUAAAUCCCAAAUUCUUCUGAAACCAGUGUCAGCUCAAGAAUCAAACCAACAGGAGUCUGAAGAAACUGAAUUUUCCAUUAUUGAACAAGGAGUAGAAACGCUGGAAGGGGGUUCCUUGCAACUUGAUCAGACAGGAAUUCAAACAGUUGAUGUGUCAACAGUUGAAAUCAUUAAUAUGAAUGAGAUUAUCAAGGAUGACGACAUAUUUGUCGACAAGAACACAAGAUGUGAUUCAAUGGAUAACAUAUGUGCUAGUUGUGUGAAUGGGGCCGUGGAAGAUGACAGCAAAUACAUAUGCAGUAGUUCAGGUGUCAAUCUACCUUGUGUGAAGGUUGCGGAUACAGUUUCUGAGACAUCAGAGUUUCUUGGCCAAGAACACUACCUGAGUGUUAAAUCAAAUUAUAAAGCACAUAAAAUGGAAAAAAAGUCACAUAGCCUUGACGAUAUCACAGAAUCUGUUGCAAGUGAUUUCUUAAACAUGCUGGCCAUGGAGAGUGGCUCAUUUGGCUCAACUAGUGAUGGUGAUCCCCAGUCUCCCAGAGAGCAGCUUUUAAGACAGUUUGAAAAAGAGGCUCUAGCUUCAGGUAACUUUGCUUUAGAUUUUGAUGCAAAUGAGAAGGAAUUAGAGACAGAUACCUUUGGAUAUAGCUGUGGGGAUUGUGCUGUGGAUUCUGAUUUGUCCUUAAUUAUUCAAGCUGCUGAAGAGGAGCAUGCAAGGGCGAAUCAGUCAUUAAUACAGCGAAGGAAGGCCAAAAUUCUUGAAGAUCUGGAGACUGACUCAUUGAUGCAACAAUGGGGUUUAAAUGAGAGGGACUUUGAAAAUUCUCCCGUGACUUGGUCUGGUGGAUUUGGAAGUCCAAUUGAACUAUGUGAUCAAGAAUCAUCCAUAUUACCUUCAAUUGGACAAGGACUUGGUUCAUUUGUUCAAACUGUGGGUGGAGGCUUUUUGAGGUCCAUGAAUCCUUCCCUCUUCAGAAAUGCUAAAAAUUGUGGAAACCUCAUCAUUCAGGCUUCUAAUUCAGUUGUUCUACCCGCAAAAAUGGGCAAUGAUAUAUUGGAGGUACUGCUGCAUGUGGCAUCUGCUGGAGUUGAAGAGCUGUGUGAUCAUAUUUAUAAAUUAAUGCCUUUGCAAGAUAUCACCGGCAAAUCCAUUAAGCAUGUUGAGUGGGAUGCUACAACCAACAGGGGGGCUCCUGGAAGCCAGGGAUCAUUGCAAUAUGAUUUGUUUGAAAAAUUUCCAUAUGGUUAUUUAACAGAUGAAAGCAUGGGCUUGAACUCUAUAUCUCUACAAGCUAUAGCUCCUAUGACUAUUAAUAAGAUCGAAGCCCUUUUGAUAGAAGGGUUGAGAAUGCAGUCUGGCAUGUUGAACGAGGAGGCAUCUUCAUACAUUCAUCCACAAUAUACAAAGAUGCCUGCCUUUGGAGGCAGAAGAGCCAAUCUUAGAGGGUUUCCCACAUUAGAAAGAGUUGCAAAAUUGCAACUAGAAGAUAGUGGAGAAAUUGACAAUGAUGUUGAUGGAUUGAUGGGUCUGUCAAUAAGAUUGGAUCAGUGGUUGAGAUUGGAUUCUGGCAUUAUUGAAGGAGAUCAGAAUUUGGAGCAAAUUUUGAAGAUCCUUAAAGUACACCAUUCUGAAAUCACAGAAUUAGAUGAUGAAGGGUUGAAAAAUGCCAUGGCCGAGGCAAACACAUAUGGCAGAAAGCAUGGACUCAUGGGGAACCAGUUAACAGUGGCUUUUGUGAUCCAGCUUAGAGAUCCUCUACGAAAUUAUGAACCAGUUGGCGUUCCAAUGCUUGUUAUAACUCAGGUUGAAAGAGUUCACAUACAUGCAAUGCAGCAAGACCAAAUCAAUUUUCUUGAGAGACAGAAAAAGGAAAUGGAAAAUGAGGCCCUGCUAAAUGAGAAGAGUAUGGAGAACACAAAUAUAGAUAAUGAAGCCCCUCAGUUUGGAUUUAAAAUCAACCAGAUUCAUCUUUCAGGUGUCCUUACCAAACCUGGAAACAGGUUACUUUGGGGUACUACAGCUCAGCAACAAUCUGGGUUCCGUUGGUUGCUUGGCAGUGGCAUGGGUAAUAGUACUGUCAAACAUUCAUCUUCAAAAUCAAAGGCUAUUGUUAGAUCAUCCCCACAGUUUACCAAAAAUUUGCUGAAUGAGGAUAUCCUGUGGAGCAUUUCUUAUGUUAAUGAUAACAUGGGGGCUAAUAAUGGUAAAGAGCUGGCAUCUGAAAAUGGCUACAUUCGGAACCCUGAUAUCAUCUUCCCAAAUUGAACCAUCAGAUCAUAUGUGACAUGCUAUUUUAGCCAAUUUCGUAAAUUUCUCCAUGUAGAUAGUCAUAUUAGUAGAUUAUCCAGGAAGUUAUACGAGUCAGCUAGCCCAAAUUUUCAUAGAUAUUGAAUUCCCUGGCCUUCUUGGAAACGACCCUUUCUUUCAAUCAUCCUCCUGAUUUUGGAGAUGUAUAUCCAAAUUUAAGGACUAGAGUAGAGUUA